AUGAGUCGGGCUCGGCGUCAGAUUCUCGGCGCCUUCUUUGGAGCUAUCGUAUUGUUUUUGUUCUACCUGCACUACCACGCAAACGAUGACCAAUUCCUUUUGUCCCGGCCCGCUUCAUCGCCGCAAUCCGAGGCACAGCAAGAUGAAAACCAAGUCCCAAAUGGGUUUCCCCCGAAACAAUCCGUGUGGAGGGGUCUUCCGUUGCGAUACCCAGUCACCGACAUGCAAAAAGUGCCCGCGAAAUCUCGAACCUUUCCCAGGAUCCAAACAGCAGACCAGGAAUACUCUUAUCUGAGAACCGAAAGCCAAAGAAAACGGCACUCAGCCGUGAAAGAGACAUUCCAGCGCUGCUGGAGGUCUUAUCGAUCUCUUGCUUGGGGAGCAGAUGGACUCACGCCCAUCAGCGGCCUUCCCACAAAUGACCGUGGAGGCUGGGGCGCGCGGCUACUGGAUAGUCUCGACACGCUGUGGAUCAUGGAGAUGUACGAAGAGUUUGAGGAGGCUGUCACUGCAAUUAUGGAAAUCAAUUUCGACGUCACAUCCUCGCCGGAAGUCAACACUCAUGAUCUCAACAUUCGCCUGCUGGGGGGUCUUCUGGCGGCAUAUGAUCUCAGCGAUGAUCCAAGAUUGAUGGUCAAAUGCGUCGAGCUGGGUGAUAUGCUUUAUGCGGCGUUUGAUACCCCUAAUAGAAUGCCUAUUAUUCAUUGGAACUCGCACAAGGCCUCUCAGCGGGAAGAGCAGUUGGCUGAAGAGAAUGUCCUUGUCGCUGAACUGGGAUCCUUUGCCCUGGAAUUUACGAGACUGUCCCAGAUCACUGGAGACUCGAAAUAUUUCCAUGCUGCCCAGAGAGUUAUGGAUGCAUUCGAUCUCCGACAGAGAUCUACCAAGCUGCCUGGUCUUUGGCCUGCAUAUAUGAACGCCAGAGAGCAGCUCUUCGAGGGUGAUGAAUACACACUCGGGGCUGCAGAAAAUUCUUUUUACAAAACUCUCCCACAAGCAUACGCAUUAACAGGCGGCCAGAUGCCAAUUAAUCGCAGGAUGUAUGAGAGCUUGACCCUUGCAACUGCAGGCCACAACCUCUUCCGACCAAUGAACCCCAACGAAGAAGACAUGCUCCUCCUAGGCACUGUUCGUGUCUUCAUGACACAAAACGGCAAGUCUCGAACACAUUUACAAUCCCAAGUACACUACCAAUCAUGCUUUGCGGGUGGACUGUUUGCGUUAGGCGGAGCUCUGUUCAACAUUCCCGCCCACAAGAGGAUCGCCCACAAGCUGGUUGACGGGUGCAUCUGGGCGCAUAAGACCAUGUCCCAUGGAAUCAUGCCCAAGGUCUUCGAUGCAGUUCCAUGUGCAUCACAGGGGCACUGCCCGUGGAACGAAUGGCAUUGGAAGCAGGAGGCUUGGAAGAAAGCCAACAGCCUCAAGCCUGAGCUUGCUUCGGAUUUCAAUAUCGAUACCUUCAUCAAGGAUCACCAUUUGCCCAAGGGGUUCAUUGAUAUCCCCGACACUGUAUCCGAACUGCGACCGGAGCUUAUUGAAAGUAUUUUUGUACUUUAUCGAAUCACUGGGCGUGAAGAUCUUCUCGAUGAAGCUUGGAGAAUAUUUCAAUCUUUCAAUAACGCUUCUGCGACCAAUUAUGGAAACGCAGCUAUUGUUGAUGUCACGUUUGAGGGUGGAAACCCAAUACUCAGCGACUCGGUGGAUACUUUUUGGAUGUCGGAGACCUUGAGAUAUUUCUAUCUCAUGUUCGGUCCCUGCGAUCUGGUCAGUUUGGAUGAUUUUGUUUUCAGUGCGGCUGGUCACCCCCUCAGACGCCCCUAA